GAGAUUGCCAGAGACUCUUUGAAAACAGGAUUAUCUUCCUGUUUCGUGAAGAAGAUGAAAACAGCUGGGUUACUGUUGAGAACAUCUGAGAGAACUCCACAGACCAAUGAGUAGAAUUAAUAAGAACGUAAUCUUGGCCCUUUUAACACUGACAAGUUCUGCAUUUCUGCUGUUUCAGCUGUACUACUACAAGCACUGUUUGUCACCAAAGAAUGGAACUGGUUCAUCAAAGUCCAAGGGAAACCGAAUUGGAUUUGAUAGCACACAAUGGCGUGCAGUUCAGAAAUUUAUUAUGCUGACAUCCAGCCAAAAUGUGCCAGUGUUCCUUAUUGACCCUUGGAUUCUGGACUUGAUUAAUAAAAACUUGGAACAAGUGAAAAAUACUUCUCAAAGCUCCGCUUCAGACUGCAGGUUUUUCUGUGUUCCAAGAGACUUUACAGCAUUUGCCCUGCAAUAUCACCUAUGGAAGAGAGAGGAUGGCUGGUUUCAGAUAGCUGAGAAUAUGGGAUUUCAGUGCUUAAAGAUUGAAAGCAAAGAUCCUCGGCUAGAUGGAAUCGACUCACUUUCUGGAACUGAAAUCCCUCUGCACUAUGUCUGUAAGCUGGCCACUCACACCAUCCACGUGGUGUUCUUUCAUGAGAGGAGCGGCAACUACCUCUGGCAUGGUCACCUGCGACUCCAAGGACACAUGGACAGAAAGUUUGUUCCUUUUCGAAAGUUACAGUUCGGUCGUUAUCCUGGAGCUUUUGACAGGCCAGAGUUACAGCAAGUUACUGUAGAUGGACUAGAUGUUCUUAUUCCAAAAGACCCAGGACACUUUCUGGAAGAAGUACCACACUCCAGAUUUAUCGAGUGCAGGUAUAAAGAAGCUCGGGCAUUCCUUCAGCAGUACCUUGAAGAUAACACUGUGGAUGCUCUGGCCUUUCGGAAGAGGGCAAAGGAAUUACUGCAACUAGCAGCCAAAACAUUACAGGAACUGGGAGUCCCCUUCUGGCUGAGCAGUGGAACUUGUCUAGGAUGGUAUCGCCAGUGCAGUAUUAUUCCUUAUAGCAAAGAUGUCGACCUAGGAAUUUUUAUACAACACUACAAACCUGAUAUUAUUUUGGCAUUUCAGAAUGCUGGACUUCCGCUCAAACACAAAUUUGGGAAGGUGGAAGACAGCUUGGAACUAUCCUUCCAGGGAAAAGAUGACGUAAAGCUCGACAUUUUUUUCUUUUAUGAAGAGACUGACCAUAUGUGGAAUGGAGGCACGCAGGCCAAAACAGGAAAAAAGUUUAAGUACCUGUUCCCCAAGUUCACACUGUGCUGGACUGAAUUUGUAGACAUGAAAGUCCAUGUGCCCUGUGAAACAGUUGACUACAUUGAAGCCAACUAUGGUAAGACCUGGACGAUUCCUGUCAAGACAUGGGACUGGAAGAGCUCGCCCCCAAAUGUGCAGCCCAAUGGGAUCUGGCCUAUUUCUGAGUGGGAUGAGGUUAUCCAGCUGUACUGAGAAUACAAAGUUAAGGAGGGACAUUUCCCAAGAAGAAGGUGGGUAACUGUUUAAAACAGGUGAGAGCCCAGAAGAUAAAGAAAAUGUUUGAAGACAGAAAUGUUCUACCUCGUGGGCCAUCUAAUUAGCUCUGCCAUUCAGCAUUUACUGAGGCAUUUAUACGCCAGGGAAAAUACUAGGUUAUGGUGGUCAGGCGAAGAUGAAUGAGCAAAUGUCUGCCUCCCCCUUGUCAUGUCCAAUUUUCUGUUAAGGGAGUCUCCACCACCUUCUGAAGAGCUGAUGUACAUUGUGAUGUAUUCCAUAAUGAUUCUCUAAACAUUAAAUAAUGUUUAUAGUGCAAAGUGAGAUCGUCAGACAAAGCUAAGGAAGGGUACAUUACUUAGGGAUAAUUCAUUCCUGCCAGCCCUCAGGAUUUAAGCUGCUGUGUUAGUGCUCCUUUUAAGAUUGUUGAAUAUGAGUUAGUAUUUUAGUGAGUGGUUAGACUUUGUGUCGCAUAGAGAAAGACAGUGGCAGACUCAUUUUACAACAGUGUGAUCCACAGUUGACUUAAAACACAGGGUGAUUUAUAAAGGAAGUUGAGAGGCCAUUUCAAGUCUUGUCAAGUAUACUCUUUUCAUAUCUGAAGUGAGAAGUUGAUGCCUUUGUGAUGCUUAAAUUUCCAACAUCAUAGGAAUAGUGUCACUGACCUGCAGUGGUACUUGGUAAGUCACUCAGUCAUGCUGCCCAAAAGUUGUGAUUUCACAGAGUUUACUUUGCUGAUUUCAUUCUCAAUCGCUGUUAGACUUAAAAAAAAAAUAGGAGUUUUUCAUGCAUGGUUUUCUAUUUCCUGAACUCUUCCACCCUUAAUUUGAACGUUGACACUAAAUACUAGUAGAUAUACCUCUGAGUUUUCUAAAUAUACCCUUUAUUAUUUAUCAACCGUACCUCUGUUUCUUUAAUCAAUAGCCUACACUCUUAAUUGAUUUAGCAUAAAGAUAUGACUGUUCUUCUAUCCAAUAUUACUUCAGGUUUCCAUAAUGGAGGGUUCAUUUGAACCUGAUAACUCUUCCUCAUUCCAAAUCACUCCUUUUAAAUCCUGUGUCCAUUUUUAGAUUUUCUUUCUACUGAGUGUAAUAGUGAAAGGGCUCAGACUUCCCAACUACCAAGUACUACACCUGCUGGACCCCUUGACCUCCUUUUUCUUCUCAAAAUACACUCGGGAGUAGGCUGGGUUGGCUGUAUGCAUCUCUGUACCUGUACUUAAGUGAUGUGCUCUAAAUGAGAUAUGCAAGGCAGUCUGGCAAAUGCCUGGAAGAGGAGGUUCUCUACUCUCUACUGCUUAGGGAUGCUUUCCCUGGCAGCCUGACAGAUUUCCCUUUGGAACUAUAGUUACUAAAAUGGAAACCAGAAUAUCUAAGGGAAUGGGCUGGCAGAAAUUUAAAAAAAACAAAAACCAAAACAUCCUUGGGGGAUGUCACUUGAAGCCACCCACUUCCAAAUUUUAAAAUCACAUAAAAUCUCUUUGAUAGAUCAUAAACAACAGUUUGUGAGGAUACAUCCUUCAUGUAGGAAUAUUGAGUCUCAUCAUAGCUGUCAUAAUCAUAUUUUCAGGAAACAAAUUACUGACCAUAAAUAAUUCCUCCCUAGAAAAUACAUAGAAUAUGUAUCCCAUGUUUUAGAUAGACAACCCUAAUUUCAUUUUUUUUGUGUGUGUGCACCAGAAAUAAAACAGAUUAUAAUAAUUUUCUUGAGAAAAACCCACCCUAUCUGGAGAGAACCGUUUGCUUAUACUCGGUAUCCAGAAGUAAGUUCACUCACAUCACAUUUCUUGAAAGCUCCCAUCUUCUGCCAGGAGAUCUCACCUACUCAUGUUCAAGUUACUUCAUUUGUGUCCAUCUUUGGAGUUCAAAGAAUGGAAGUGUCCAGAAUACAGGCAGUCUUGGCCCAUGGUCAGAGGUUCUAUAUUCCUCCCUACACAGAGGACAGCUAAACUUCUUGUCUUCCCUCUAGUUUGGCAUUAAUGUUUAAGUUCCAACCUGUCUUGCAGAAAAUGAAAGCCAUUCUCCCAGAAGUCGAAGGUGAGGUUUGCCUCUCAAAAUCAUCCCAUGAUUCAGUCACAGUGACACCUAUGCUUCUUAACCUUUGAACUCUGCUGAGUGUCCAGAGACCUUGGGUUAGGUGUGUCCAUCCCCUGUACCUUCUCAGAUCACUUUGUCUUUCCUCCCUGAAUAUACCAGUGUUCUUCUCCUAUAUGACUACUUUCUGGUCCCAUUGCCUGGCUUGCUUGAAUAUACCUUCUCUAGUUACUUGUUGGUGGUUAUGUAACCAAGGUUAUCUCCAGAAGGACCCUGAGAAGCAAAUGUUUUCUCAGUUUGCAACAGCCAACUACUCCAAGCAUGGGGCACAUGCCAUGCUCUUGGCAGCAGUUAUUGACAUCAGGCUACCGAGAUAAAAUGCUGGUAACCACAACUGGGCAUCACUAAAAAUAUCUGACCAGUUAGAGAGCAGGCUUCCCAGAUUCCCUAGCUGCAGACCCCAAAAUGUGGUCCCUGUGUACUAAGGGAAACAUUCAUUCUAGCCCACAUUUUCUCAGCCACUGAGUAAUCUCAGGAAGGAGUGAGCUGAGCAAAAGAGCUGAGGUCAAGAUCCAAGCAUUCUGUGACUUCUAGUGUGCUUCUGUCUGCAGUCCUGAGAUUAGUUCUUUGUGUGGCCUCCAUGACAUGUCACUACAGUGUCUCAGUGACAUGUGCUUUGGGGUGUUCCUGCCAUCCCCACUGAAGGCCUGAGGUAACAAAAGACGCUAAGGAGGAAUGUUUUUUUUCUUGUCCAAAAUUGUUUAACUAAGACACAGAAAUUGCAGGUGAGAAUACACUUCCUUACUCAGAAGUGGCAUGACAGAAGUUGCUUAGAAAUAAAAUGGGGGUGGGAUACUGAUGAGAUGGCUUAGCAGGUCAAAGCACUUGUCACCAAAUUGACAACUUGAGUUUGAUCCCAGGACCCAUAUGGUGCAAUGAGAGGAUUGACAAAUGGCCUAUGACCCCUGCAAACCUCUCUAUGCAAUGACUCACAGAACCAAAGCUUUGGAAUGCUUAGUCUUUUACUACCUGCCCUGGGUAGAUUUGUGGCUAGGAGAGUCUGCUUGCCCAGCAUGUGUGAGGCCUGCGUCAGUACAAAGCACCAGAAGUCUGAGCAGAAGGAUUACCAUGUUCAAGGCCAGCCUGGGCUACAUAGUGAGUUUCAACCCAUCCUGGGCUACUGUGUAAAACCCUAUAUUGAGGGAGGAAGAAAGAGGGAAGAGAGAGAGAGAGAGAGAGAAUGAGAAUAUACUUAUGUCAAUCAUCUGUCCCCAAACUUAUGUUUUUUUCUAAUCCAGGCAAGACUCAGCAGGGUAUGUAAUGCUAUUUUAAGUCACUCCACUUUAGAGCAAAAUAAUAAUUGUAGUUAAUGUUAGACAAACAGACCAAUUCCGUGUUGAGAUCUGUUAUAUAGUACCAGUAAGCAAAUAUAAAUUUUCUGAGAAAUUUGUUUCUGUACCCUCUCCCCUAGGCUAGAAUUUGUCACUCUAAUUCCAGACCUAACCUAAUAGAAUUUCUCUGAGGGCCCAUGUAGUCAUUCAAACUUCUACUUAUGAGUAGUUUCACAGAAGGGAAUAUAUAGGAAAGCUUUGUCAUAUAAGGUAUUCUGUCAUACACUUUAAAAACUCUAAGCUCUUACAGCCUUCUGGCAAUUUAUUCAAAGCAUGAAAACUAGUUCAUGAGUUUGUUAAAUGCAAAUCAUGUAGCGCUGUCAACAUGUGUAUGACUGUGAAACAUAUAUGUGAAUUUUCUAGACAAAGUAAUAUUUUAAACAUGAGAUUUUAGUGUAUGCAUACCAGUUUACUAUUUGUUUUUUGUUUUAAGGUAUAGUUUAUGGUACUGCUGAAAACACUUUUAAUAUUAUUACUGUGAUCUGAAUUUGUAAUAUAUAACCUACUUUGGGAUGAUUAAUAAAAUGUUUUAAUCUCUUGUG